UGCGUAAACUUAUAAUAACAUUAAGCCAAUAUGGCCGCUGUGUAGACUAUCGAUUUGGAUACGGAACUGGAAAUAAAUUACAGCGUUAUUCAACUUUGGUGCAUAAUUUCGACUUGUCGUAGGAUGGUGGAGUAGGUGUGUAGGAGACCCUGGCUGCUGCUACAUCAAUCUAGGACACACCCCCCAUCUACCACCCACCAAUCAUGUUCUCGUUCAUGAGGGGGAGGGGCCUGCGGCUCCCCGGCUCCUCUUCAACCAACACGCAGGACAGUGCACUGGGACUGAUGCACCUGCGGAAGCUCUACGUGGAGCUGUGCUGCACGGCCCAGCCCCUCUCGCAGAAGGAGCACGAGGACAAGCUCUACAUGAUGUUGCCCCUAUUCUGCAAGGUCUUUGAAAACAGCCCAGCCACAGAAAUGAUAGACAAAUUUGGAGAUGUCCUGCAGUUCUCCAAUCAUAUUGCUCGUUUGUUUGUUACUGAAGUCAGGCGGAGAGCAUCUGACCAAUCAACAGAAGCAGCAAGCUGUGCCAUCGCCAGCUACCUGGAGAUCCAGAACUCGGAGGAGGCUAGCAACGGCUGGAUGCUGCUGACCACCCUCAGUCUCCUAGCAACGGGAGGGGCCAGCAUUGUCAACACCAUGACCAUGGCUGCGCUGCCCUCGACCCUCGUCAAGUGUCUCUAUCUCUUCUUUGACCUGCCCGAGAUACAGGCGCCGACAUCGACGACCUCGCCAGAUGCGGAGACCAAGGAGGCCGAGGUGAAGGACGGCCUGCAGGCCCUGACGCCGUCCAAGAGACGAGACUUGCUCCAUCGGACGGUCGUUCAGCUACUGAGCCGGUUAUGCCACUUCACACAGCCCGCCGAGGAGCUUGCCAAGAAGGAUGACCUGACCCUUCUCUUCAGUGCCAUCACCAGCUACUGUCCUCCCCACAACUUGCCCUGGAGGAAGGGGGCUGCAGAGGUCCUGACGACCAUCUCAAGACAUGGACUCACCCAGGAGGUGGUGGAAUACAUCCACAAUAAGAAUUGCCUGGGACUCUGUGUGGACAACAUGCAAUGCAACCAAGAACUGUCCCCGCUAGAGAUCGUGGAGAUGUGCUUCACCGUCUUCUGCUUCCUCAAGGAUUCCAGUGACAAGUCUCACGUUUUACUGGACGAUUUCAGAACGUGUCAGGGAUACAUGUUUCUCACUGACUUUGUACUAAGACUGGAGGCUAUGUCAACGGAGGAGUCUCUGCACUCCCUGAGGAACCUUGUCCUCCUCAUCUCUUCAUUGACUUCCUGUGGAUUCCAGGAGUUGAGACCGAGCUCUAUCGUCUACGAUGCACCAUUCCAGCAACCUGGCUUCAGCUUGCCACAACCUACCGGCAAAGGUAAUAGUGUAAGAAAUCUUCAAGCGUUUCAAGUACUCCAGACUGUGUUUCUAAAGGCAACCACGGAAUCAUUAUGUCGCAUCGUUCUGGACGUCUUGACCUCGGUCUACAACUCGGACGUGGCCAACUACUUCAUCCUAGAACCUCAGAACACCCUCUCACAGUUCAUUGACCGGAUGACCACCAAGACGCCAACUAUCCAGACCAAGAUCUUAGAACUGGUGGAGUUUGUCGUCUUUAACCUCAACUUUGUUCCGUACAAAGAGUUGAUCAGUAUCAGCUUGCUUAUCAAGGCUGGCAGCUCCGUGGAAUGCUGCAACAAGUCUGUUAACAGCCUCCUGAGGCUGGUCCGUCACAGUGCAAUCUACAAAGAUGUCUUCCGAGAGGUGGGGCUCUUGGAGGUCAUGGUCACAUGUCUGCAUCGCUAUGCAACCCUCCUCAAGGACAACCAGUCAGAGAACCAUGGUUACACAUACAGUCCUAAAGCUGAAGUUCACAUUCCAGAAGAUCAACAGAAUCUAGCCUUCCUAGUAAUGGAGGCGUUCACACUUUUACUACACGAUAAUAAUGCCAAUGCUACUGUAUUCCGGGAGAGCGGGGGAGCUCGAUGCGUCCACAAUCUGGUUCCCUACAUCCAGUGCAGACAGCAAGCUUUAGCCAUCGUUCAGCAGCUCGUACUCUCCAAGGAAGGCGACGAUGACAUGGGAACCUUGCUCGGGGUGAUGCAAUCUUCGGAUAUCAGGGCCAUUACGCUUAAGAUCGAUAUAUUACAGUCUCUUGUGUAUGUACUUCGGGAGAGCAGUCGAUCAAGGACAAUGUUCAGGAAAGUGGGUGGAUUCCUCAACCUAAUCUCAGUACUAGUAUCUGUGGAGGAAUGCUUAGAAGAUCCUAUCAAGGAGCCUUGGAAUUCAGUUCCCACAGACCAAAUAUUUGGACUCAUUCACGUAGUGUUUCAAACACUGACAGCAGCAAUGAGACAUGAACCAGCUAAUGCCAAAUUCUUUGCCACAGAGAUCCAAUAUGAGAGAUUGACCAAUGCAGUACGGUCAUUAGGCUGCUUCUCCAAAGCGGCCGAGCUGACCAAUUAUCCAGAAAAUGGACGUCUGUCUCUGGAUUCAAUGGAAUCAAGCUUCUCUGAUCUAUUCAAUAUUAAAGGAGAACUAAGUGCAAUACCUAUAUCCCUCCAUUCAGCGUGCAAAUUAUUACGAUGUAUCUAUGACGUUGCCAUCGAUGCGUAUGGGAGUAAAUCAGCAGAGAUGCCGAUUCACUCUCCUGCCGUCAGCCGUCACGUCCACGACGCAAUCACCCCUCUUCCUACCUCUCCUCCGUCCCCGCGGCAUCCAUUCUCCGCCCCCACCACGCCCUGUUCGACGGCGGUGUCGCCGGUCCCUGGCCGCACCCCCAGGGGGUCGGUCGGCAGGCUGUCUGGGGUAGGAUGGGGUCAGGGCGCCCCCAUGCCCACCCACCCUACCAUAGUUCAUCCUGGUGCUGUGCUAUCGCUCAUGGAUCUGCUGCCCUCGAUAGACUCAAUUUGCUCAGACAAGAUCAUCCUGGCUCUUCAAACUCACCUGGCUGAUGUGAUCCAGGACCUUGUGAAGAGCGAACGCAACCAACAGAUCAUGUGUGAAGCAGGACUUCCUCAAAGACUGCUUCAGAUUGGCUCUGUGGCAUUGUCCAACGAGGGCCAUCCGCUUCAUAUGCCAUUGCAGCACAUGUUGGAGAGACUAGCAUCACAGGCCCUGGAACCUAAGGACUUGAGGGAUUUCCUACGGUUGGGGAAGCCCCUGAACUGUUACCCACUGGAGGGGAAUGGAGACCAGGACACCAGCGAGGAGACCAGCCCAACCAAGUCCCUUGACUCCCAGAUGUCCACAACCUCCAUCAGUCCUCAGACACCUAGCACAGGCAACAGCAACAGCGCUACCAACAGCAACAACCACCAUCAAGCGGUUACGGCGGGAUCGGGCGCAACGGCCCAAGGGCAAGAAGUGCCACUUACCAGGGUGAAGUGCCUGGUAUCUAUGACCACGCCUAGAGAUGUAAGGCUGGCGACGAGUUCCCUGACGCCGGCAUUCGUGGAGUUUGACAUGAGUGCUGAAGGGUUUGGAUGCCUGUACCUACCCAGUAUGGCCCCUCAGGUCUCUCCCGCCCAGAGUGUGGUGUCCGUUGGAAUGGCCGGUGGUGGGGAUGGAACCAUCUCAAGUGGGAUUGGGUCAGGAGAGCGGUUAUUCCCACCACAGUCCGGGCUGUCAUUCUGCGUCUGGUUCUGCGUAGAUCGCUACGGUACCUCCGAGACCGACAUGCAUCCCAUCCGUCUCAUAACCAUCGUACGGAGCGUGGGAAGCGGUGAUAAUCACCUUGCAUGCUUCAGUGUCGGGAUCACCGCACACGACAGGAACCUUGUCAUCAGCACAUCUGAGGACCCCUUCCCAAAACCAGGGUCGGUGGAUGCGUCGGAAAUCACCGCCAACCAUGCAUCUGUCGGUAUCAAGCUAUGGAUCCCGGAGCUGGCCCAGGAAGGUCUAUGGCAUCACUUAGCCGUCACGUUCAACAAGGCUGUCAUGAGACACUGCUCGGCGACGGUCUAUGUCGAUGGUGUGCAGCUACCCAUCAAAAAGAUGCCCUACAUCCAGGUGAAUCCUGGUGGCUCCACACCGAACCCAGCCGGCCUGACCACUGUCUAUGCCUACGUGGGCACUCCUCCUUCUCUCAAGGCACCCUCCAGGUUACUAUGGAGAUUAGGCCCCACCCACCUGUUUGAGGAAACCUUGCAGCCCGUCACGGUGACGGCCCUCUAUCAGCUGGGACCAACGUAUGUGGGUAGCUUCCAAGCGCCAAGGCAAGAAGAGUUGAGCCAAGCCAAAGUGGACCUGAAUGCCAUCGUUAUCCCGGAGGAUAAGAUUGUCUUUGGACUCCAUGCUCAUGCUCUCUCGGUCCUCACUGUCUCAAAGAUAAGGAAGGCAUUCAACAAAGUGGACAGUAAAGCAGUAGCCAAACAGUUGAAUCUAUCCGGUCACGACAAUGCCACGCCCAUCAGGAUAUUACAUAACUCGGCCGGUCACCUGACCGGGCCUGGGCGGUCUUUUGGUGCAGUACUCAUGGGUGAAUUAGGGGUGAGGACAUUCUGUCCCAAGCCCGUUGCCAGAACUCUUGCCAACAUCGGAGGGUCCGCCCCUCUGCUGGGUCUCAUUGCCAUGGCAACGGAUGUUGAGGGCUUGUACGCAGCCGUGAAGGCAUUGGUCUGCGUCAUCAAGAACAACAGUCCUGCGAUAGAAGAGAUGCAGAGAACGCAUGGAUACCAGAUCUUGGCAUACCUGUUGAAGAAGAAGAAACACCUUUUAAACAGCCAUAUUCUUCACCUGACCUUCUCCCUGGUGGGAACGAUCGACAGCGGCAGAGAAUCAACGGUCAUUCCACACCACACAGCCUUUGAGGAUCUGCUCUGCGACCUGGAGAUCUGGCACAAUGCUCCCAGCGAACUCCAGCGCUCCCUCUUUGAACACUUCCACGAGCUGCUGACAGAUUCCAGCGAGGCGGAGAAGAACCGUCGGCUCCUCCGGCAGCUCCAGAUGGUCAACAAGCUCCUGCUGCUCCUGCAGGACUCCUCACUGGUCAGCGGAACGGUCAAGGCGAUAGCCAAUGUCCUGGGUGUGCUUCUUCAGGGAGUGCCACAUCCGCCCGCACUGCUCAUUUUUGGUCAGUUCUUGGCAUCCACCCUCCCGUCCGUUGACGAGAAGAACAUCACUCCCCAAGAGUUACAAGAAUGGUCGACCUGUGAAUCCGAACCCUCGCUCAAGAGCUGGAAAGAUUCAGACAGCAUGUCAGAAGACUCCACAGCCCUUGUAUCUGCUCACACCGUGUGCUUGAGAAACACCUUAUUAGAAACCCUAUUGAGGAUACUACAUUAUGCCAACUCAGGCAGCAUUAGUAUUCCGACAUGUGAUGAGGUCCAGCGAGUGCUUGGUUUCGAUUGGCUCCUCCUCUUCCUUCAAGGCCACCUCCACCCGACGACGGCCAUCAUCGCCCUCCGCAUCCUGAUCGCGAUGCUCAACAACCAGACGACCAUCAACAAGUUCCGCGAGGGAACGACGGGAGGGGGUUGGCUGGACCAGACGGAGCCCGUCCUUCAUAACCGAAUGAAGGUUGUCUUGGGAUUCAACGUUGGUAAGAGCAGCAAGAAGCCACAGACCAGAGAGAUUAACCAAGAAGCGUGUCUUCUGCCAGGAUUUCUCAUGCUUCCGACUCUCCUCCCAAGACACGCUGAUGUACCCGAGAUCUAUUUCCUCCUGAUUGCAUUGGCCCUUGGACAUUCUCCAAAACCACUACCUGAUAAUUGCCAGUUGGAUCUGAAUUCAAUGUGGCAGUAUAUAUUUGGUGUACCAGCGAGUCAGUCGGCCAGCGGAGCACUCUCUACUAAUCUCUGCCCGGAUGCAGUCAUGAUCUUAUUAUCACAGAUCAGAGUUAUGCUGAACCAGCCAUAUGAUGAAGAGGACGAGAAGGCCAGCUGGUUACAGGAGUACCCUGUGACGUUGGUCCAGUUUCUGCUCUAUCUCUACCACAACGUCACCGAGUUCAAGCCAACCUGUAUGAGCGCACCUUUCCUAUGCGGCCUGGCGUCCACGCUGUUUCCGUACCCCACCACACAAGUUGAUCAGAUGGCUAGCAUCCCAGAGGAGAAUUCAGAAAUGCUGGAUGAUAUGGGUGACCUGGCCUCACCUCUGGAUGACAUUCAGUAUCUACCCGAUCUGGAUAUACCUGGGUUAGGCCUCAAGAUCGAUAAUGGCACCAGUCAAGCUAACCUGACAUGUCACCCAGCCAAGCGUUAUGUAAUGGAUUUCAUCAGAGUCAUAGUAGUUGAUAGCCUGUCCUUGCCAUUGCCAAACCGAAGUCCAGCUGUCCUUGACAUCAUUUUAGAAUCAUCCCCCGAGAGAGCCACACCCUGCCAGAUCAACGAGUUCCAGACGGCCAUCCUGGCCAACCUGAUGGAGCGACUCCUGGCUGGCGACGCUCUCCUAGGGAAGGAGAGCGCCCUCCCCAUCGCCCAAGGGGGAUCCUACAACAACCUGGUGUCCAAUAUCUUCUACUUCUGCUCCAGAUUGGUGGACAAGCUUUGGCUUGGUGUAUUCUCCAGGAAGUCCAAAGAAGUGUUUGAGUUCAUUGCCCAGCUGAUAGGACAGGCCAAGAAGAGAUCACAUGGAAUCCAGUUAGAUAACAUCUACCAUUGCUUGAACAGAACAGUGCUGUACCAACUGUCAAGGCCCCUGGAAUCUCUGGCUGACCAUGUAUCCCUUCUGGAAUCUCUGAGGCACAUAACAGAGAACAGGACGUUGCUGUUUGGUCCGGUCAACUACGAGUCGGAGUUUGUUGGAUGUCUGUGUCACUGUCUCUUUGUACUCACCAAUGCGAGCAAUGGUGAAGGCAAUGCACUACCCAGCAACCUUGGGGAAGUGAGGCGGAACACGACCUGGCACGUGAACCCUAUGAUAGAGGGCAACAAGAAAGGACAGCGGAAGAUAGAAGACGAAAACCAACAGGGCUCCGUCCAAGAGGGUCAGCUACUGGUCAUGAAGGCCGGACGGCGGGUGUGGGAAGAUCUCAUCAUGGCCAAGAAAUCGGUUAUUGAAGAGAUCUUCAAAGUCACUUUGCCCAAUUCGUCUGCUGGAACCAGGAAUACAGUCACUGUGGAUCUCAAAGUAGCUAGGGCUGCUAUGGGAGAUGCUGCCUGUAAGAUGUGGAACAAUUACUUGUCAGUGGAGAAGAAACUGUCAUCCAAAGAACAAGCACAAACUAAUCAAUCUAGAUUAGCAAGUAAGGUCAUUGGCGGACUACAGAUGCUUCCCUCACUGAAGAGCAAACGAGAGAGCGCAACCUUCAGGUUUAGCCUUAACUUCAUGCAGGAAGCUCUAAUGUGGACACACACCCAUGUAUUUAUCGUGAGAGAACUGAUGGAGCUCCAACAGAAGCAACAUGAACAGAGCCAAAGGCACCUGAUGCGCUUCAUGAAGGAGAAAUGGGAGCAGCUAGAACACGAGCUGAUGAGGGAGAGGGGGCUAUGGGGACCCCCGUACGGCUCCUACCUGGAUAAAUGGAUGCUUGAUAUGACAGAAGGCCCAUCGAGGAUGAGGAAGAAGAUGAUACGCAAUCCAGACUUCUACAUGGACUACCCGUAUCGGGCGGAAAAUGAAAUGAUUCUCAAUAAGCCCUCUAAAGGCAGGAAGGCGGUGAGCUUCGACAGUAAGAAGUACAGCCAAUGCAAACAGACCAAGAACCUCCUGGAAUCGGCACCAGGCAUCACCCCCAACGAGGGCAGUCUUUCAGAUCUUAACAUGGAGAGCGAUAACAACCAGGAAGAGAUGAUGGAUGUCGACGAUACCAGACCAGAUGUGAGAGCUUCUUCCAUCAUGACGAGGCAGCCUAGCAACCGUAACAACCAGGAUGACGACGAUGACACGCCCGACAACGAGAAUCCAAAUGACAAACCGCUGGAAGAGCAGAAGACUGACAACCAAAUGGUGCUUCGGUUGUUGGAACAAGGAGAAAAGAUCCGUCACAUCUUCCGUUGUGCCAGAAUCCAAGGGUUGGACACCAUGGAGGGGCUUCUACUGUUCUGCAAAGACCACUUCUACAUUGUUGAUGGCUUCACCCUUCUCAGUUCAAGAGAGAUUUGCGACAUUGACUCUGUACCCGACCAACACCAAGACCCUAUCAUUCCACGUGCCUCUAGAGGGCAGCGUUCAAGCGGGAAGAGGAUGUGCAGCAAGUUUGCCUACGAGGAAAUCCGAGAGGUCCUCAAGAGGAGAUAUCUAUUGCAGCCCAUUGCCAUUGAAGUAUUCUCAUCCGAUGGAAGAAAUUAUCUCUUAGCAUUCCCCAGGAAAGUGAGGAAUAAGGUUUACCAAAGAUUCAAUACUGAAGCAACGAGGUUAACAGAUGAUGCUGUACAGUCAGUAGCAUUACAGAGCAAACGAGCACAGGUGGAAGGAGGACCAAAUUUUCUUGGAAGUAUCAUUGGUAUGAAGUCAGUCACUCAGAGAUGGGAGAGAGGAGAAAUCAGCAAUUUCCAGUACUUGAUGGCUUUAAACACGUUAGCUGGUCGCUCUUACAAUGACCUCAUGCAAUAUCCUAUCUUUCCAUGGAUUCUCGCCGACUACGACUCAGAGGAACUGGACCUGACGGAUCCCAGGACUUUCCGGGACUUGAGUAAACCAAUGGGAGCUCAGACCUGGGAGAGACUAGCCCAGUUUAGGAAACGAUUUGAAGACUGGGCUGAUUUACAAGCAUGUGCUAGACCUUCGUGCUGGGUACUAGACGACACUCCUCCGUGUUACUACAGCACGCAUUAUUCCUCUGCUAUGAUUGUAGCAUCGUACCUCAUCCGUAUGGAACCCUUCACUCAGCACUUCCUCAGGUUACAGGGUGGCCAUUUUGAUCUAGCUGAUCGGAUGUUCCACAGUAUCAAAGACAGCUGGCUGUCUGCCUCCAAACACAACACUGCUGAUGUCAAAGAGCUCAUUCCAGAGUUCUUCUACCUACCAGAAUUCCUCACCAACCACAACCACUUUGAUCUUGGUGUAAAGCAGAGUGGAGUAGAACUUGGGGACAUCGUCUUACCCCCCUGGGCCAAGGGAGAUCCCAAAGAGUUUAUCCGUCUUCAUAGAGAGGCUUUAGAGUGCGACUACGUCAGCGCCCACCUUCACGAGUGGAUCGAUCUCAUCUUCGGUUACAAGCAGCAAGGCAAAGAAGCAGAGGAGGCCCACAACGUCUUCCACUAUCUCUUCUACGAAGGCAACGUCGACAUCUACAGCAUCGACGAUCCCCUCAAGAAGAAUGCCUUCAUCGGGGUCAUCAACAACUUUGGACAGGUACCCAAACAGCUCUUCAAGAAACCUCACUUACAGAAGAGAGUGAGUAACAGGGUCGGAGACAACGCCGGGAACUCCAUCGCCAUAUCGAGGUUGUUCUUCCACAAUCUGGACACUCUCAGACCAUCAUUACAACCCCUCAAAGAACUAAAAGGAGCCGUCGGUCAGAUCCGCCAGGUUGACAAAUCGAUCCUCGCUGUGGAGCAGAACAAAACCCUCAUUCCUCCGACCUACAACCGCUACCUUGCGUUCGGCUAUGCCGACUACAGCUUGCGUAUAGGCAGCUAUGACUCUGACAAAGCUACGACCGUUGCAGAGGGCAACGGGUGUGGGGAGGUGCUGUGUGCAGUCUGUCCGAACAGCAAGACAUUGAUUACAGGCGGAAGUAGCACUGUUGUAAAUGUGUGGCAGCUUGAGAUGGGCAAAGAGAGAUCAAAACAGAUGUCACUCAAGCAGGCAUUGUACGGGCACAUGGGAGCCGUGACAUGCCUGGCUGCGUCCACCUCGUACAACAUCAUCGUCAGUGGGUCACGUGACCAAUCGUGCCUCAUGUGGGAUCUCAUUCGACUGACCUUCGUCCGACAGAUGAGGGCGCUUGGCGCCCCGGUCACGGCAGUCUGUAUCAAUGAGCUAUCGGGUGACAUAGCAAUCUGUGCUGGAGUGUAUCUCUACGUUUGGAGCAUCAAUGGAGACAUGAUUGCGAGUGUGAACACAUCGACAGGGAGAGAACAACAGAUCCUAUGCUGUGCUAUGUCUGAACUGGUAGAAUGGGAUACACUGAAUGUGGUCAUAACAGGUUCCAGCGAUGGUGUGGUCCGGAUGUGGAGUGUUGAGUAUGUCCAGGUACCUGAUGGGAGCAACGGGAGAGGCGAGAACGGCGCCCUUCAAAGCACAAUGGUAGACUCCAAAGUGGGUGUCGACCCAUCGGAGGACAGUCCCUCGGAGGAGGACAGUCAAAGUUUUGAGAGUGUAGGAUCCACACCCAGGAGGGACAACACGGACAAAUCCUUGACGGACUCGCUGUCCGAAGACUUUCGGGAUACCCUGUCAGUCAACAGCAAUGUUUCCAGUGGACGAAGUUCCCCCAUCGUCAGGGACGAUCGGGAGGAGAAGGAUGGAGGCGCAUCCCAGAGGUUGAAGCCACCGGCGUCGCUUCCGGUUGCGCCACCCAGGAAACGGAAGCUGGAGAAGAUGGGGUCGUCGGGUAGCCUCUUGAGCAACAAAGAAGGUGCUGAAGAUGACAGGACUCAAAAUCAGGACAUUAAUGAUCAAAAGAGCAGAGAAGAACUGAGUAAACAGUCCAGUAGUGAUGCUACUAGUCUCAGCAGCAGCGUCGGUAGCACGCCAACAGUACCUGAUGGCACAGGAGUGAUCCUGGGUGAUGUUCCGAUGAGCCCUUCCAAAGAAUACAUUAUGGUGACUGAGAAUGAUCUGAAAGGAUUCGAUGAGGAUGAACUGGAUAAGGAGGAACGUUCAGCAGCUCAUCGGAACAAGUUAAAACCGGGUUUCAAGUGGCAACGUCAGCUAGUGUUCCGAAGUAAGCUCACAAUGCACACAGCAUUCGAAAGAAAAGACAACUCUCAACCUGCCGCUGUAACAGCUGUGGCUAUUUCAAGGGACCACAUGAAGGUGUUCGUCGGUGAUGACCGUGGCAGAGUCUUCUCCUGGUCUGUCGUGGACCAGCCGGGCAAGGCCGCUGCUGACCAUUGGGUGAAGGACGAGAGCGGGGAUACUUGCCAGGCCUGUCCCACUCGCUUCACUCUGACGGAAAGGAGGCAUCACUGCAGGAACUGCGGAAAACUCUUCUGCCAAAAGUGCAGUCGCUAUGAAUCUGACAUCCCAAGACUUCGUAUCAACCGCCCUGUUCGGGUCUGUGGAGUGUGCUAUAUACAGCUGAAAGCGCCCCCUCCAAUCAUGGAUGGUAGCUCAUCUAAAAGUUGACCAGUCAUCUUUUCCCAAGCUUAAAGUAACGUUGUAAAGUGAAUGUCUGAACACUACAUGUGUGAUCCUGUGUGUGUGUUCAAGCCCUUUAUGUGUGUGGAUAUAGGUGUGUUUCACGUUACCUAGGUUCAUACCAAUUUGGAUGAUGUUGGUGUUAUGUAACUUUGUGUAAUGGUCUUGGCAAAUCUAGGGAUCACUCUAUGAAUUCCAGCUUAAAAACGAUCAGAUGUGCUAUAUAGGAAUAUGAGUGAAGAUUGCCUACAAAGCAAUCAACAUCAAUUUAGAAGUUGCAUGUAGACACCUGUCAUUCAAAAGAUAGAGAGAGGGCAACCAAGAGAAAGAAACACAAAUAGGAACUAUUAUUGGAAAGUUGAUUCAGACACCAGUCAUACUGGAAGU